AUGUUACCAACGUCACCACAAGCCGUCUCGGAAUAUUACGGCUGUAUCGAAACGACGACAUCACUAUCGAGAUCUCCAACCUACAACUACACCAUGUACGCUUUCAGAAUUUUCUUCAUCCACCUCAUCCCCUGCUUUGUUCUCUCCAUCAUUAAUGCCAAAUUGAUCCAAGCCAUGAGGAGUGCAAGUAAGAAGAGGUUCUUGUUAAAAUUCGGCCGAAAAACAAUUGAAAGAGACCGGAGAGUCACCAGAGAAACUGCUUCGUUAAAAUUUAGCGGGAAAGCUAGUAGAAAAUUUGGCGCGAAAGUAAGUAGAAAAUUUGGCGGGAAAGUUGGUAAAAAAUUUGGCGGGGAUGAUGUCGUAAACUGCAUGGAUAGUGGAAAGAGAAAUGGCGGGAGAGCUGAUGGACCGGCCCUCAAAACUGGCGAUGGGGGUGGUGUAGAAGAGGCAAAGAACAAUGAACGAGUGGAGGAAUUGGGAAAUGAUUUUUAUGCUUUGGAUGAUUUAUCGUUAGGAAAAAAUGACGGGAAUGGGAUUGGUGUGUUUGAAAUCGCGGCGACUUCCACUUCCGAGCAAAAUAUGAACGUAGAAUUUACAGCCACACUAGCCACAGCCACUAAGAAAGAUGACGUCGUUGCAUUUGAUGCUGCAGCGAUAACAAAACCGGCAGCUCCAACAUUGCCAACAACCACAACAACUACAACAACAACAACA